AUGGGAAAUCCACAAUCUCUACAGGGAGAUUCUAUCAAAUACUACAAACCAAAAGAUCAUACACAAAAAGCAAAGGGUUUGUCCUUCUUUGCCUCAAUCCUCUCUCUUAUCAUAUACAUCUCAAUCUUUUAUAUCUUCAACCUCUCACCAUAUACUCUCUUCAACAACCACAUCUUUUGGUUUCUCAUGUCCAACAACCUCAUCCUUAUCAUAGCUGCUGAUUAUGGAGCAUUCUCUUCAUCCAAACAUAAACAAGAUCUUUAUGAUGAAGAGCACCAUGUCUCCUCAUAUGUCCCCAAAUACCAACAAGUAGAUAAAAAAAGCAUCAAUCCCAAGCAAGAGCUGGGCAGUGAAAUGUUGAUAGAGAUCAACCAAGAUAACAUCACCAGGAAUAUUGAGGUGCCUGUACGUGUAAUUGAAGUUGUGUCACAAAAUGAUCCUAAGAAACCUAGUGAAAACUCCAAUGAGAAAAAGCCAUUACUUAAGCUCUCAUUGGAAGUAGAUGAGAGUGUGGUGAUUGAUGAAAGUGUGAACAAGAUGCGGAGGCCAAAAAGCAUGAAGGUAGAAGCACAAGUAGAGGAAGAGAAUGAGUUUACUACUAUGACAAAUGAGGAGCUUAAUAGGAAAGUGGAGGAGUUCAUUCAGAAAUUCAACAAGCAGAUUAAACUUCAGGCAAAUAGAAAUGUUUAUCAAAUUGAUGAAGCCAGAGGCUUCUAA